AUGACACUUAGGCCUUUUUUUUCAAUGAGUCGUUUCGUCAGCAUAUCAGAUUUUAGCGCAGAAGGUACGCCAAACGGUCUUUCUUUUGCGAAGGACUGCUAUCUGGUAGUCAUAGAAAAGUUAAGUGAACAUUGGAGUUUGGCUUGCAGCUCAGAAGGAGCUGGACUUGUUCCAAAUAAUCAUUUACUUUCAGCCGAUGAUUCUGAUCCUCGUGCUUCUUAUGUUGACGAGUAUGUUGAAAAUGCAAUAUCAAAGUUAAAAUCCCAGCGAAAAGGGAAAAAUGAAAAUUUGUUUUUAAAGAAAUUAGAAAAAUAUUUAAAGGCAAAGAAUAGGUGCCCAAAGGGUCCAGCACCUCAACCUCCUCAAAUAUCAAAAUCCAAAGAAACGACCAUUGGCGAGAAUUUAGCAAGUCGAAUAGAUUCUUCGAGGCGUUCUUUAGAAAACCAAACUCCUGAUGAAUUAGGUUAUGAUUUAGUUGGAAAAGUUCGACAAGCAACAUCAAUUAGUCAUAAUUUAAGUAAAAUUGCAGUGAAAACAGUUUUGGGAGAAAUUCAGAAGGCCUAUCCAUCAAUACGCGAUUCGUUAAAUAAUGUUCUAGAGUCUCUAAAUAAUGAGGAUAUUGAAGGUAAAGAAAGUAUUGAUUGCGAAAAAUUAAGAGACUAUUUGAAAGAAAUAGAACUUCAUAAAGAGGAUACCCAACAAAGGAGUUGGGCAUGUCAAGAAGAUGAAUCAACUAUAUUGAAUAUUCUCGAGAAUAUACUGAGUAUAUUGCAAAAUGCUCAUACAAAUAGUAUAAAAAAGGAACUUUUUGUGGAUCAUUGUAAACCACUAAAUACGAUAGAUCACGAAUUUCUUGAGAACCUAUUUCAAGAAAUUGAAGCGGAUGAAGACGAAGAAAUGUGCAAUUUAUUAUUACACUUUUUAAUUUGCUUUAAUCUACAUUUUGAAUUGCCACAAGAGAAUUUAAUAAUGGAAAUUAUCGAAAAUAAGGGAUACGCUAAAGUAUUUACAGAAAAGUUAAUGGUUCUGUUCAACAGGGGAGAUGAUCCUGCAACGAUGUUUAGCUAUCAGCAAAAUCAAAGAAAUUCUGUUAUUAAAUUAACAUCAGAUAUUUUUUCGAAUACUAAAACAGCUAUAAUUUUCUAUACGAACGAUAUUAUAGUACUUUUUGAUAUUAUUGAAAGACAAAUAACGAAUUUAGAAGAUGGAGAUCAGCUAAGAACCGAAUUUCUCUCGCUUUGUGAUUUAGUUGUGAAAAAUACGGAUUUAGAAGAUAUUUUAGAUAGUAUAAAGAAGAUUGAACAUUGUUUAAAGUUGGUAAAAGACAGCAUUACGUGUCCAGAUCAUGAUAGAUUAAUUAUCGACGAAAUUCAGAAAACCCUUAAAAAGUGA